ACCUCUUGAAAAGCACCGACAUGUGCUUUGUUUUGAUAUUUUUGAUUGCUGUAAAAGCUGACUUGCAAUGAAUUCAUCGCACUCAAGGCGUCGGUCGAAUCACUCAGAAGGCAGGCCAGGAGGAUCACGUUUCCAGAAGUUCAAAGAAGCAAACAGACACCGGAAUCCAGGGGACGCAAACAGAGGACUCAGUACACCCAAUGCACAGAGCAAUUCACUCAAUAGGACCUGGGAAUACGAUCCUAGAAGGCCAGAAUCCAAUGGUAGCGUUCAUGAGAGCAGAUCUCCCUGGCACAUGCCGCACGGUCAUCCUGUGAUUCCCAAAGAGCGCGCCAAGAGUGUUGGCCGGAUGGACAGAAUAGAGUCAGAUCGGAGAUCAACGAGCCAAGCUAGGAGCAUCCAGGAUCCUGAUGUGAGAGUAGCGAAUGAUAUUAACCAUAGAAAGCGAAGUCAUGCUGUAUCAGAAGGGGAAAACUGGCAAUCGACUGUUCAAAAUUCCAUGGAACCUCACGCUACACCAUUGUUCCGGGAGUUGAAGCCAAUUCCGGAGUUCCACAUGGACGGUGCAGUGCCAGAAAGAGUUCCUGACAAAUCUCAUCAUCAGUUCUUUCCCAAUGUGCAGGACACGGAGAGAGAGAGUCCAGUUGAGUUCACUGUAAUGGUCAUCAUUGACCAGAACGGCUUGAAUCAGCAGAUGGAUCGGGAGCAGGCGACAAUGGUGGAGAGCAAGCUGACGAAGAAGCUCAUGAAGGCAGUGAAAUCAGGCACUUCUGUGCAAUUUGAGACGCAAGAGUACGACGGGAAGUUCCUGAGAUUCACCUGCGCCAACCAAGAGACGUGCGACUGGCUGUCAACGGCGGUGGAGAACAUCGGAAAGCUCUGGGAAGGCGCUUCUCUGUCCGUUGUGCGCGAGGAGGAUCUCCCAAAGUUCUGCAGAGUCACCGCUUUUAUUCCCGGCAAAGACAUCUCCCAAGUGACGUGUCAGAAUACGCUGGCAGUGCAGAAUCCCAAGCUGGACAUCCACAAGUGGAUCUUGUGGCAGUGCACGAAGAACUCAGACGCUGGAGGGUAUGAUCUGGUGUUUGGCGUACCUGAGUCCCUCCUCCCAAAAGUCAUGUCAGUCAAGGGAAAAGCUUAUUACAUGUUUUCCAAGAUCAUCCUAAAGAUUGUCAAGGAUGCGGAAAACACGUCGUGAAUAUGAUUUACACUUUAAAUGCAAAUGUAUAUCGUUUAUUGAA